AUGAAACCGUUACCAUUUCCCUUCCCUCUCAAUAUCGGCACCGACGUCGUUCAUCUCCCACGCGUGGCGCGUCUUCUCACCCGACAGAAAGGAUACCUCGAGCGCUUCUCCCGCCGCAUCCUCUGCGAACAAGAACAGAACGAUUUCCGCACGCGAUUCAAGCUGACCAGCUCAGCCUUUGAUACACUUAAUACCAGCCCUCACAUGGUGUCAGCGGAAAUGACGCGCUGGCUCGCUGGGCGCUUCGCUGCCAAGGAAGCUGCGCGCAAAGCUGCGCCAACCGGCGCGGCAUAUACGGGGUGGAAAGAGAUCCUGGUACGGGUUGAGGAACAGGAUCCAAGCGCAGGGUCGAGUAGGCCGGAGAUUGUCUAUUUGGAUGAUAAGGGGGGCCGGGUAGGGAAGCUUUCCAUCUCGCAUGAUGGCGAGUACGUGGUGGCUACUGUGUUGGCUGCGAGUUGA